CCAGGUGAGGCCAUAUUACAGCACAUGCUCCUAUAAUGCAAUGAUUAGUUUAGAUGGCCAUGUUUUAGACAGUGGAGCUGUGCUCUAUAAACUUUCCUUAAAUUAUAUUUUCCCUUUCUGCUUAAGUUUGAAUAGACCAGAAAAUGAUGAGCCAAACACCUCUCCCUUAUACAGCUAUGAUGACUACUACAAUGACGUUCCUGAUCCAUCUGUGUUAUCCUGUGAUUAUGGAGUUCGUGCAUCCAGCAUCCUGCCUGUGUUAUACUCUCUGUUCUUCGUGUUGGGCCUGCUGGGUAACCUGCUGGUGUUAUGGGUGAUGUUGAUGGGUGUAAGGCUGAAAAGCAUGACUGACAUCUGUCUCCUGAACCUGGCUUUAGCUGAUCUUCUGCUGGUCUCCUCUCUUCCGUUCCUGGCUCACUAUGCCAGAGAUCAGUGGGUCUUUGGAGGUCCUAUGUGCACCAUGGUUUUAGGCAUCUAUCAUAUUGGAUUCUACAGUGGGAUUUUCUUCAUUGUACUGAUGAGUGUUGACAGAUAUUUAGCUGUGGUUCAUUCUGUGUUUGCUUUGAGAGUCAAAGCAAAAAUAUAUGGGAUCUUAGCCAGUGUGGUCAUCUGGAUCAUUGCUGUUGCAGCAUCGUUUCCUGAGCUUAUGUAACUGCAAACCUAUGACAACAAUAAUAAAACAUACUGUGAGUCUUAUCCAACAGAUGAUCAGAAAUCUUACCAUUAUGCAAACACUGUUGGUAUCAUUAAAAUUAAUGUUUUGGGAUUAAUUAUUCCACUGUGUGUAAUUGGAUUUUGUUACUCAAUGAUUCUUCACAGACUUUUAACAGUUCGCUUUUCCAGGAAACAGGCCAUGAGACUUGUCAUUGUAGUGAUGGUUGCCUUCUUCUGCUGUUGGGCUCCAUAUAAUAUUGCAGCUUUUGUGAGAGCAUUGGAGUUAAAUGAACUCAUAAAGACAUCCUGUGAAAAAAGCAAAGCAAUCACUCUUAGUCUUCAAAUCACAGAAGCUCUGGCUUACUCACACAGCGGCUUGAAUCCCAUUCUCUAUGUGUUUGUAGGAGAGAAAUUUAGAAAACACCUUUUCAGACUCCUGUACAAAACACCCAUCAGCAGAUUACAGUUCACGAAGAGAUACCUUACACAGGCUACAGGAUCUGUUUAUUCACAGACAACCAGCCUGGAUGACAAAUCUAUAGCAAUGCGAAGUGAGAUAUAAUCGGGUAGGGAAUACAGACCAGAAUGGAUUCAGCAGAAUGGGCUCAUCCUCUUGUUUAAAGGUUACAAAAAAUGCAGGCAAGGCAGCUUGUUCCUAUAGUGUAAAUGCACUGAUGGGUUAUUUUUAACCAAUAGUUUGGUUAAAACGAGAAAUAUCAUUUAUCAUGUGCUGGGUUAUUUCAACCCAAAAUGCUGGGUUGUUUUAACACAUAGUCAGGUCAAAUAUGAACAUUUUCUGGAAUAAUUUAACCCAACAAUGGGUUAAAAAUAACUCUGCAUUUUUUAGAUUGAGCAGUUACAAUUGCUUGCUUUGUUAAGAAAUCCUAAAUAUGGGCAUGUUUUGAGUAUUUGUUAUUUGUAAAUGUAUCUGUAAAUAUUUGUAUAAUAUUUUAUAUUUUUAUACUUAUGCUUACAUUUGUUUUUAUUUUUUUAAGCAAAUUUGUAUACAAAGUAAGUUAAACAAUUUCAACUUGUUUUUAUAAGUUAUGUCAGCUUAUCACAAGUCAAAAAAGUAGUAGGUUGCAUUGACUUGCAAAAUCAAGUUGUUUUACCUUCAUGCUGCAUUUUUACAGUGUAUAGUUACAGUACAGUACAGUAUAGUUCUCAUAUCAUUUUAGUGAUACUGUAGUUUGGCUUUGUUUUUUGUUUUUCUUUAGCUACUAUACAUGCAAAAAUAUUUUUUGUUUGUUUGUUUGUUUUAUUACUGACAGAAUAUUUGUAUGUCUAGCUAUUGCUAGACAAACCAAU